AGCGAGGGAAUACAUACGACGUUGGGCUGAGACCAACAAACUUUACUCACAAUUCACCGCAAACUAUCUCGCUGCAGCAUGACUGCUCAUAUCGACGUCCACGCAUUCUAUGUCGAAAAGGCUACCGCAGCUUCUUAUCGGGUUGGGGAGACAAUCACCAACAUCGGCCAGCUCAGAGCCUGUCUCCAGCAUCAAGCUCGACUCGAGUUCAAUAAAGAAUGGUUACAAGUACCUGACCUUCAUCCUGAUCCUGAUUCCGUUCUUCUCACUACAAAUGUGCAUGGUACCUCCAUGCUCGAGGAUAACCUAAUGACAAUCCAGAGCGUGUGUGAUUUGGCGGAUCACAUUCUUGCGAUCAUUCCCUCCAAGCAGCUAUCACCCUCUGUUGCUCCCUCGCUCGCGGCAACCGCGACCCAAUCCUUGGCGAGCCCCGCCCACAUGAAAAGUCAGGAGUUGAUCAACUUAGUUGUAUCAAUGAAUGACGCACUUCGAAUCAAGGACAAUAUGAGGGUUGAACAACAGGUUGACUUUCAUGCGACCCUGCAGUCAUUUCAACGUGAUCAGCUGCGGAGGGAGGAGGACGCGAAACUAAAUUUUCAGCGAUACGCCAAGGAGGUGGAGCGGCAGCUGAAGGACACUCAACAUCAAUGCAACAUCCUCAAGCAAGAACAUACCCUUGACCAAUCGUGCAUCAAAUUCCUGGAGGACAGACAACAAGAGGACAGACAACGCAUCAAGGACCUGGAAGAUAAGCAACAGCAGGACAGCUCAUGGAUUCAGGACCUUGAGAGUUCGCUUCUCGAGGAGAAGAAGCUUCGGGCGGAGGAGAAGGAAGCUAGCGAUAAGGAGAAGGAAGCUAGCGAGAAAGAGAAGGAAGCUAGCGAGAAAGAGAAAUCGUACAUGCUAAUGAGGAUCGAGGAGAUUGAAGAUGAGCACAUCGAAACCGCUGGGUGGGUUAGUGGUGCGGAUACCAAACUCAUGGAUCGCAUUUUACUCCGCCACUUACUUGAUCUCGCGCAAGCGAAGCUCGCAGUCGCGUCUGGACUUCCCAGAAACAACAAGACCUUCCGCAUUACACAGUCAUUCCUCUGGAGAGAGGCACUGUCUUCCUCCCAGACAACCCCUGAGCACGUGCAAGCUGCCAAGAAAUUAUUGAACACACCAGGGUUGUCUCUUGAUGCCGCCACGAAAAAAUUCGCCUUAUCCGACAGCAGGAUGAACAUCGUGGUCCAGAGACCAUUGAUGAUUCGUGACAUGGGAGACAGCGCAGCCCACCCCAAGCAUGUAUCAAGGGAGGUGUUUAAGAAAAUAAUUUCGUGACACGCUGUCGCCGGAAAUCACGACGGACUUCAUGCUAUCUUAGAACUUGUUGAUCCUGUAACUCAGUCCACCUGAUUUCACAUCACGCGCUCACAAUGUUGUAUUACUUUCUUUUACCCCAAGUUACAAGUACGAUUACGCAGAUUCAAAUUUACCAAUGUCAGUUGUACUUAUUGCCAAUGGAUUUUCGGUCACGUGCAACGCA